UCAUUACCUCCCAUCUUUCCCCAUCAUUUUUCUAGACAGCAACGACAAGACUCUAACUCGCUCACGAGUGCUUAAUAAGUGCUUAGCUGGAAGCUCCCAGCGUCAAUCCCAACUCUGUAAACGCUAAUAAUCGCAAAAAAGAGUCAUGUCUCAAUCAUAUUUUCCAUCACGCGUGUCAUCCCCUGUCAAGGAACUCGCAAACUUCAGCAGCAUGAUGGGCGAGCGCCAGUUGAAGGUGGAGGAUGUGCAGGAGGCCUACGUUGAGCACAAGGAUAGAUUGGUGAAUGCCUUGGAUUCCACCAAAUCCGUCCUAAACGAAAUCCGAAAAUUCAACAAGGAGGAAUGGAUUGUCAGAUACCCUCAAUUACGAGAGUGUGCUUUCGCUCAACCAGAAACGCCUUCUCGCCUUCGGUCUUUGCGCCGCUCGAUGUCAUUUGCCGAUGACCCCACUUCUGAGACCGAAGUGGUUGUCAAGCAAGGCUUGACGCGCUCUGUGACCCUCUCAUCCAUCCCCGAUGCUAAGGACGAGGCAGAAGAGGAACAGACCUCUAACAUUGAAGACGGCCUCCUUCCAUCUUCCGACUUCCACGUCCUCCGUCUCGACCUUAAACUUGGCGCCAACAGUUCUUCGAGGGCAGCUUCACUGGUCUCUCAACUCGAGAAAGCAUCUAUCGCAAACCUCCUCGAUGACCGUAUUGAAUCUUCGCUCAGUCAUGUGGACAAGCUGCGGUUACGAGUCGAGGAUACAUCAUCUAAGGUUCUCGUUACUGGCGACCUCAAUGCCGGCAAAUCUACGUUCGUCAACGCACUACUCCGACGCGAAGUCAUGCCCGUUGAUCAACAACCAUGUACCACUGCCUUCUGUGAGGUCCACGAUGCCGCCGAAAAUCAAGGGAAGGAGGAAGUGCACAUUAUCAAGGACGGUGCUGUCUACGACAUUCACGACGAGUCGACCUUUACUCGCGCUUCCCUUUCCGAGCUGGAGGACAUCGUUGGCGACAAUGAGGACUCGGAGCGUCUGCUCAAGCUCUACCUCGCCGACACUCGUACACCUUCCGAGUCUCUCCUCAACAACGGCGUCGUCGACAUCUCCCUCAUCGACGCCCCUGGUCUCAACCGCGACAGUCUGAAGACUACCGCCUUAUUCGCCAGACAGGAAGAGAUCGAUGUCGUUGUUUUCGUCGUAUCGGCCGAAAAUCACUUCACACUUUCUGCUCGCGAAUUCCUCAUCAACGCGAGCAAGGAGAAAGCAUACCUUUUCAUCGUCGUCAACAAGUAUGAUCAAAUCAAGAACAAGGACAAGUGCCGAAAGCUCGUUCUUGAACAGAUCAAGGCGCUUAGUCCCCGCACAUACGAAGAUGCAGAGGAUUUGGUUCAUUUCGUAGACUCUGCUGCAGCUUUACAACCGUACACUGCCAACCCCUCAUUCGAUGACCUCGAGUCUUCAUUAAGAUCCUUUGUUCUCGUCAAGCGUUCGAAAUCCAAGCUUCAGCCCGUCAGCACAUACCUUUCCAACCUGCUCUGCGACGUCGACCUCCUUGCUGGCGCCAAUGCCAUCGUUGCCAAUUCCGAGCUCGAGCAAGCUAAUGCAGAGCUUUCACAGGUUAAACCUGUUUUAGAAAAGAUGAAAGCUGGUCGGGACGCACUUGAAGACGGUUUGGAUGCAGUAGAAGAGGAAGGCACGAGUGCUGCCAAUGUCAGGACCAAGUCUGUUCUUAACUUUGCUUUGAAACGAGUGGAACAAGGUAGACUUGGUGUCGACAAGCCUGCUGUUGCUAUGCCUUCUUAUCCCGGCCUUCUCGGGGUUUGGAACUAUGCUCGGGAUGUACGGCGAGCACUUAUCGCAUCUAUUGAUGCUGCCGUCAAGCUGGCUGAAGAUGAGGCCAGAUUGAUUACAGUCGGUGGUGUUGAGAAGAUCAAGUCACUCGCCGAUUCACAUCUUCCCGACGGCGUGGAAAGGAACAAGCGUGUGUUUGUUCCUGAAGCCAUGUUUAGUGCAGUUCGACGGGGCAAGAGUGCUAUGAAAAGCAGAAGGACAUCAUCUCAUGGUAACGCAGUCGUUGCUGGAGGUGUUCAUAAUCUCGGAAUUGGUCUUGCGCAUCGAGCUGAUUUGCUUGAGACUACAUUCCUUGACCUCUUCGAUGUUCAUCACCAGUUCUGGCUGUACUUCGGUGAUGGACACAGUGCGCAGAAGGAGGAAGAUUCACCUACACCUACUGCUCUUGGUCUCGUCAGUGUUGGUGUCGGUGCACUCACGAUGGUCGGUGGGCAAGCUGUCGGUGCCAAGGGCGUCAUCGAGGGUUUGAUUCGUGUCACGGAUCUCUUUGGCAAUGAGAGUGUGAAGAAGUGGGCUGCACCUGUCCUAGGCGCCGUUACGAUUGGUCUCACGGCUUAUCUUGUCCUUGAACUCCCCAACUCCAUUCCGAAGACUAUCGGUAGGCGUGUCAAAGCGUCUAUUCUUCGUGAUCAUGGCGAGGAAGAGACUUCAUUCAUUGACACGCACUCGGAAAGGAUAAGCCGAGAGACGAGGAAGGUCUUGAGAUUAGCCUCUUGGGAUCUGAGGGGACGAUUCAGUAACGCCCUCGACGAACGUGGACAACAGGUCAAGGAGAAGGAGGAGCUCGCCAGAAAGGCUUCAACAGCGAAGGUGUUCUUUACUGGGAUGGGAAAGAAGACAGAAGAAAUUCGUAUCAAUGGACACCUAGGUAUUGACGCCUAGUUGGGGGGGGGGGGGGGGGGAAAGACAUUUGAUUUCCUUUUUACUCUUUUAUUCGUGUGGAAUAUGGUAUAUUUCGUUCUACUUCAGCUUAUUCCGAUCUACCCCUCUUGACUACAUAACCCUUCUAUCGUAAUUCUAGGAAACCCCCCUCCUUCUCUAGAUGGCCGUCACUGCUUGGCUAUGCACCCUCUUUGUUAUGUUUUCCUUCCAUGCUUAUUCAUGUUUUGUUAUCCUCAUCCGUCUCGAUGAUUCACGACACUCUUUUUUUAAAUCUGUUAAAAUAAUACAUGGAAAUGGGUACGGGUAAUGUAUAAACGCUUUGUACUCAUCCGUUUACGACUUAGAUGAUAGUUACGAAGAUUAAAUGAUGUUGUACCAGUUC